AUAGUUACGAAUCAGUGGUUCCUUCCUGCUGUAAGGGGAGAUAUUCCUCCAGGUUGUGCAGCGCAUGGAUUUGUUUGUGAUGGUACCAGAAUACUAGUUUUUGGAGGAAUGGUUGAAUAUGGAAGAUAUAGCAAUGAUUUAUAUGAAUUGCAGGCAAGUCGAUGGCUCUGGAAAAAAGUAAAACCUCAAGCUCCUUCAAAUGGAUCACCACCAUGUCCUCGGCUUGGCCACAGCUUUUCUUUGUAUGGUAACAAGUGCUAUUUGUUUGGUGGCCUGGCAAAUGAAAGUGAAGAUUCAAAUAAUAACAUUCCCAGAUAUUUAAAUGAUUUCUAUGAACUGGAGCUGCAACAUGGGUCUGGCGUGGUCGGCUGGAGUAUUCCUGUGACCAAAGGAAUCUUGCCAUCUCCCCGAGAAUCUCACACAGCCAUUGUGUACUGCAGAAAAGAUGUGGGAAGCCCAAAGAUGUAUAUUUUUGGAGGCAUGUGUGGUUGUCGGCUUAAUGAUCUCUGGGAACUUGACAUAGAAACCAUGACCUGGUCAAGACCAGAAACCAAAGGGACAGUACCACUUCCUCGUAGUCUCCAUACGGCCAAUGUAAUAGGAAACAAAAUGUAUGUUUUUGGUGGAUGGGUUCCACAGUCAACAGGAGGUGAAAUUUCUACUCCUGAUGGUGAAUGGAAAUGCACCGGUUCAUUUUGUUACCUUAAUUUGGAUACCACAGAAUGGAUAGGUCUGAUCUCAGAUUGCCAGGAGGACAAAAGUAACUUGUUACCAGGGCCAAGAGCAGGACACUGUGCUGUAGCUGUUGGCACUCGUCUGUAUAUCUGGAGUGGUAGAGAUGGUUACAGAAAAGCUUGGAACAAUCAAGUUUGCUGCAAAGAUCUUUGGUACCUUGAUACUGAAAGACCUCAAGCACCAUCACAGGUACAGCUGAUCAGAGCUACAACCAACUCUUUUCAGUUGAAGUGGGAUGAAGUACCUACAGUUGAAGGAUAUCUUCUUCAAUUACAUGCUGACUCACCAGUGCCACCAGUGGCUGGAAUUCCUGGUACUGGCAUUCCUGAGACAUCAGUGUUGAGUUCACAAGGUGGCUGUUCUCUCCGUCAGAGCCCACAAUCAUUGCCUAGCGUCCCUUAUCCAGAAAUGAAGGUGGAUCAUCCCAGCCAAACAAAUAGUCUCAUUCCUAAUAAUGUAAGUCUUUCACCCAGUUCAAAAGUAGAAGGAAAAGAAAAGAUUGCAUGACCCGAAAACAAGGUUACACAGGAGACUAUGAAAAACCAUGCAGAUGCUACAGGAUUCAGAGAAUCAAAUGCCCCUUCUCAUUUGCCUGUUUGUACUUCAAGUGCUCAGACAUCAGCAAAUGUAGGUGAAUUACAUGACUUGGACAAACAAAGUGUAAAUCCUGAUGCUUCUGUAUCCAGUACUGUCUCCAGCACACAAACUAUGGUAACCCAGCAGGCUGUUAAAACUGAAUCAUCAAGUACAAAUGGGGCAGUUGUUAAAGAUGAAACUUCACUAACAACAUUCAAUUCAAAAUCUGAAGCUGCUGAAACUGCUUAUGUCAUGCCUUCAACAAGGGUCAAUACUGGACAGACAAAUGAUUCACAAUCUUCUAGAGCUCCCCAGAGGCCGCCGGCACCGGUGAAAACCAGGGACCGCCGGUGGUAUGACGUGGGAGUUUUUAAGAACAACAGUGCUGUGGUGAGCCAGUUCUACUUGCUGCCAGAGGAAACAAUGAACAUCAAUAGCAAGACAGAAGGUGCAGAUGUACCAGACUACAGAUUACUUAAGAAACAAGAUCUGUUUCCAGGCACAGUGUACAGGUCCAGAGUUGCUGCAAUUAAUGGCUGUGGUAUUGGGCCUUUCAGUAAAAUCAGUGAAUUCAAGACAUGCAUUCCAGGUUUUCCUGGAGCUCCUUCAACAGUCAAAAUCACCAAGAGUGUAGACUGGAUUCAUCUUUCUUGGGAGCUUCCUGCUUCACCCUCUGGAAAUAUUUUAGAAUACUCUGCCUACUUAGCCAUCCGUUCCACACAAUUACAGGAAAAUCCAAGUCAACUUGUAUUUAUGAGGAUAUACUGUGGUCUUAAAACCUCCUGUAUAGUGACUGCUGCCCAGCUUUCCAAUGCCCACGUGGAUUACAGCUCCCGGCCUGCCAUAGUGUUCAGGAUUUCGGCCAAGAACGAGAGAGGCUACGGCCCGGCCACGCAGGUUCGGUGGCUCCAAGAUAUGAAAACAUCAGGCUCAAAGUAGAAACGACUUAAUAAAUCUGAAGUUUCGAAUGUAGUGUUUAAUGUAACUCUUGUACUAUUUGUA